UCCAGAAGGUGGCUAAUUAGCCCUUCCCGUCGUGCCUGUGUAAUGAAGCACAUGCGCACUGAAUUAAUCACAGCCAUUUUUUGCAGGAAACUAAUUAGCAGGAAUAAAGAUCCAAAGAGUUUUUUUCUUUUCAAUCAUCAGAUCUCACUUUCACCUCUUCCUCGCUCCCUCUAACACAAGACUCAUCGCCUGCUUUGCAUCCAAAUUAUUUUUAUAUUGCCCUAUACAACUAAUACUUCGUUUUUUUACACUCCGCAACAACAAUGAUCUUUCUUUUGCCAUCCUAAACGCAAACUGACCAAAAGGGACUGCCUUGAUGGGAUCUUUAGCCGAAUCGUCUCAAUACUGGAUUAAAAAGCAAGGAUCACAAAGCGGCACCGAAAAAUUGCCUGGAUGCGAUGAACACCUCAUGUAGGCAUCAGCAUGGACAGCUGUGAGUCUCCCGUGGUUUCUGGGACAGACGAUGGGCACGGCUCCUCCACCACCUCCCAGCAACAGCAGCAGCAGCAUUACCCUCUGCAGACCUGGAACGAUCACUCUAACUCGCAGGUCCCUCCCAGCAGCCAGCCCUCUUCCCUGGAGCCCCUGUCUCUCUCUGCACCCUACCCCUCUGUGAGAGAGCCACAGCAGCAGCAGCAUCCAACCCGGACCCCACCCCUGGCCCACAGCGACAGCUCCGCCUCAGGCCAGCUGCACCACAGAAGAGAGGAGCUCAACGAGGAGCAGGAGGGAGUGAGCUGCGGAGAGGAAGAAGAAGAAUUGGAGGACUUGGAUGAGAUGGAGAUCGACAGCUGUUUCCCAAGUCUGCAGCCCUUCCCCGGAGUACCCAUAGCUCCUGGAGGAGGGGGCAUGCCCACGCUGCUACGCCAGCAGCCCAACCGACGAAGGGGUGUGGCGGAGAGCGGGAGUGAGGAAGGAGAGGAGGAGGAAGAAGAGGAGAACAGUGAUGUGGAGAACCUGGCUGGAGAGAUAGUCUACCAGCCGGAUGGCUCAGCCUACAUUGUUGAAAGUCUCAGCCAGCUGAUCCAAAGUGGAGGGGGUGCUGUGCCCGGCCUGCUCCCCACAAACUCUCUCCCCGUGGCGGGGAAGCCGGGGGAACCUGCUGGGACCUCAUCCUCGGUGUACCCUCAGAUCAUCAACACGUUCCACAUAGCCUCGUCGUUCGGGAAGUGGUUUGGUUCCUCAGACCAAGGUUUCCCCAAUACCUCCACCCUGGCAGGCCUCAGUCCUGUCCUGCACAGUUUCCGCGUCUUCGAUGUGCGGCACAAAAGCAACAAGGAUUACCUGAACAGCGACGGGUCUGCCAAGAAGUCCUGCGUAUCCAAAGAUGUUCCCAACAACGUGGAUUUUUCCAAAUUUGAUGGGCUGGCCCUCUAUGGCAAGGGAAAGCCCAUCCUCAUGUGUUUUCUCUGCAAACUGUCCUUCGGCUACCCGCGGUCUUUCGCCACUCAUGCCGUCCACGACCACCGCAUGACCCUAUGUGAGGACGAGAGGCGGCUGCUAGGGGACAAUAAGGCGUCUGCCAUCAUCCAGGGCAUCGGGAAGGACAAAGAGCCCCUCAUUAGCUUCCUGGAACCAAAAAACAAGAGCUCUCCUGUGCCGGCGCCCCCCACCAUGGUCCCCAUGAACUCUGGCCAGAGCUUCUAUGGCACUUUCAGUGGGGUCCACCUGGAGGCAGGGAGCAGCAGUGGGGGCAGCGAGGCCCUCCUGAAUAAAGACUUUGACUCCUCUGGCCUCCAGCAGCAGCAAGGCUCCCUCCUCGCUCUGGGGGGGCUGGGCAACCCCAAAGCACCUGCUCUUACCUCAACCCCAGGCCCUGCCAAAGACUCCAACGCCCUGCCCAAGCAGGGAGGGAGAACAGAGGGGCCUGCUGGGAAAGAGGGGAUCCGCAGGCGGGAGCACGGGGACAAGGAGGGGCGAGAAGGCAAGGUACGCUUGGCUAGCCAGGAGGGGGGCUCAGAAGAAGAGAAGGAACUGUUAUUAGAGGAAGAGGAAGACGAGGUGGAGGAAGAAGGAACUCCGCUGGCCUGUGUUGGUAACAGUAGCUGUGGCGGUGGAAAAGUGGGGGAACCGGCUGUAUCAAACCAAAGCAUUUCCAAAUCUCCUUUAUUGAUGCCUAGUAGCGCUCUCCAGCCUACUGCCUGCCCAUCUGCAGCCAGCCCCACGCUCAACAGCAAAGCCCCAGCUUCCACUUCUUCUUCCUCUGUCAGGGAAGAGGGCUCGGCGGCAGACUUUGGGGGGAGGACCUCGGAGCUCCCUCUGAGCUUUAACUGCCAGGGGCCCACUGUCCCCAUGGCGAUGGCAGCUGCAGCCAGCAGAGGGAGCGAGGACGUCGCAGCGGGCACCUCCUCACCUCUGGCCUCCAACGCCUCCGCCGACGAAAGUGCCAAUCGAGAUAGUGCCACAGCUCCUGAACCAAAUGAUUGCCCGGCAGAGGGAGAAGAUGACAGCAGAGCCCUUCUGCACCAUCACCACCUACACCAUCACCACCACCACCUCCACCCCUCAGCCCACACCCACUCUCACCCACACCCCCACCCAGGGGGGUCCUGUGAAAUGGGCGGUGGCGGUGAGUGCCCUCAGAACCACGGGCCUGGAGGAAGUGGGGUGGAAUGCCCCAAAUGCGACACCGUCCUGGGCUCCUCGCGGUCCCUGGGCGGGCACAUGACCAUGAUGCACUCGCGCAACUCGUGCAAGACACUCAAGUGUCCCAAGUGCAACUGGCAUUACAAGUACCAGCAGACCCUGGAGGCCCACAUGAAGGAGAAGCACCCAGACUCCGGUGGCUCCUGUGUGUACUGCAGCAGUGGCCAGAGCCACCCGCGUCUGGCCCGAGGAGAGAGCUACACCUGCGGAUACAAGCCCUUCCGCUGCGAGGUGUGUAACUACUCGACCACCACCAAGGGCAACUUGAGCAUCCACAUGCAGUCGGACAAGCAUCUGAACAACAUGCAGACCCUGCAGAACGGAGGCUCCAUCCCCUCCGCCGAGCAGCAGGUGUUUGGCCAGCACCCUGGAGGGGUAGGAGUGGUGACCGUGCCCUCUGUGACCCAGGCCAGCACCCACCACCCGCCCCACCACCACCACCCCACCCAGUCCUCCACUCACAUGACGGGGCCCUGCGGUUCCCCCUCGCCCACCAAGCCAAAAAGCAAGCCCACGUGGCGUUGCGAGGUAUGCGACUACGAGACCAACGUGGCGCGGAACCUACGCAUCCACAUGACCAGCGAGAAACACAUGCACAACAUGAUGCUGCUGCAACAGAAUGUGACCCAGAUGCAGCAUGGUCGGCUGGGCCUGGGGGCCAUGCCCUCUCCCUCCGAGGCCGAGCUCUACCAGUACUACCUGACCCAGAACAUGAGCCUGCCUCCAGGCCUCAAGAUGGACCCGGCUGGAGCUGAGGCCCAGUUCCUGUUGGGAGGCUUCCACCUGGACCCCAACAUGGCCGCCUUGGCCCCCCAACUAGUGCACCACCAACCAACCUGCUGUGACCGAGAGGGCGUGACCUUUCUGCCUGACGGCUUCAAACAGACACUUGAAAAGCGGGACGCAGUCAGAGAGGCUUCCGUGCGGCGACGACUCCAACCAAACACCCCAUCAGGAGAGCUGAGCGAGGAUGUGGAGGCUGCCAGUGAGACCACCACAGAACAGGAGGACCAAACCAAAGACAGAGAAGGUGGGGGGGAGAAGGAGCUCACCAAAGGGACAGGACCGUCGUUAGAACUAUUGAAGUGUUUCGUCUCCCGCUGUCUGAAGGCGUGCCGCUCUCCCAAGGACCGUCGACCGUCGUUAGUACUAUUGAAGUGUUUCGUCUCCCGCUGUCUGAUGGCGUGCCGCUCUCCCAAGGACCGACCGUCGUUAGAACUAUUGAAGUGUUUCGUCUCCCGCUGUCCGAUGGCGUGCCGCUCUCCCAAGGACCGUCGACCGUCGUUAGAACUAUUGAAGUGUUUCGUCUCCCGCUGUCUGAUGGCUGUGCCGCUCUCCCAAGGACCGUCGUUAGAACUAUUGAAGUGUUUCGUCUCCCGCUGUCUGAUGGCGUGCCGCUCUCCCAAGGCCCGUCGACCGUCGUUAGAACUAUUGAAGUGUUUCGUCUCCAGCUGUCUGAUGGCGUGCCGCUCUCCCAAGGACCGUCGACCGUCGUUAGAACUAUUGAAGUGUUUCGUCUCCAGCUGUCUGAUGGCGUGCCGCUCUCCCAAGGACCGUCGCCCGUCGUUAGAACUAUUGAAGUGUUUCGUCUUCCGCUGUCUGAUGGCGUGCCGCUCUCCCAAGGACCGUCGUUAG